GUUACGGGUCCCGAGUCGGACCCAGAGGGGAGGGAUGUGCCUACUGCUAGGGGCCACGGGUGUGGGGAAGACGCUCUGAGCAGCCGGGAUGGCAAGGGCGACCUGGGCGAUCCUCCUCCGACGCGGCCCACGGUGGGCACCAACCUGACGGACAUCGUGGCCCAGAGAAAGAUCACCAUCAGGGAGCUGGGCGGCUGCAUGGGCCCCAUCUGGUCCAGUUACUAUGGAAACUGUCGUUCUCUCCUGUUCAUGCUGGACGCCUCCAACCCCACCCAGCUCUCUGCAUCCUGUGCGCAGCUCCUGGGCCUCCUUUCAGCAGAGCAGCUGGCAGAAGCAUCGGUGCUGAUACUCUUCAACAAAAUAGACCUGCCCUGUUACGUGACGGUGGAGGAGAUGAAGUCACUGAUCAGGCUCCCAGACCUCCUCGCUUGCGCCAAGCAGAACAUCUCCACGGCGGAAAUCAGUGCCCGGAAAGGCACCGGCGUGUCUGAAGUGCUGCGCUGGCUCCAGGACCCCCACAGGACCAACAGCUGACUGCAGGGCGGAAGCGUGGCUGGCCUGCCCUGCGGCAAGAAAGCAGAGGUGGCGCUGUUCAGCCCCUGGCCAUUGGCUGCUUUCAUCAGGGUAGGAUGACGCACCACAAGCCCUAGAAGAUGGGGUUCUCUCCUGAGUUGCAGUGAUGGGUCACCCGAGGCACCCAGGUUACAGAAAGCCCUGACAUCGGCCCUCUGGUGGCAGGGCUGGGAGAGGACAGGCCUGCCGGGUGGCUUGUGUCUGGCCGCCAUCCUGGCAUGGUUCUACUGGGAUUUGUCCUGUUCCUCCCAGGAGAUCUGCUCUCUCAACUGGGGUUCAGGCUCCAACCUGUUGAGUUUCUGAUACACAGAUGGUGGGACUCCCCCCACAAGAUGACACGAGGUGCACGAAUGCAGUUGAGUAGGAAGAACUACCAGGCGUAGGAUUAGGCAUUGUAAACACUGUAAAUAACCAGAGGGGCCUGGACAGCACAGGGCCCUACGGGUAGGCCAGGGUGGGGAGCCCCGCGGGAACACGGGCACGCUGGGGCGUUCCUGGCCAGGCCUUCGGGCCGCAGCUCCUCGUGUCCCACUGCAUCCUUUCACCUCAGCUCAGGGAGACCUUGGGAAGCCAUCUGUGCGUUGGGGCACUUGUGUUCUGGGCCCUGUGACAUAACCGCGAACCUGGCUUGCAUACGUCCUGGUCAUAGCACUGGAAACCAGAAUCUCCAAGUCAGCAAGGUUGGUUCCUUUCGAGGCUCCAUUCCUUGCCUUCUGGCUUCUCGGGGCUGUCAGUGGUGCUGGGUGUCCUUGGCUUGUGGCCGGGCUGGAUUCCCUGCUUCUGUCUCCACGGGGUCUUCUCUCGUGAGGAAGAGCUGGGGCCCCCUCCAAACCUGCGGUGGUCUCAUCUCAAGCUCCACAGUCCCACGUGCAGAGAGACCUUUUCCCAGAUAAGGUCACCUCUGCACGUUCCAGAGGUUACGGCUUGGAUGCUCCUCUUGGGGCCAGGACCAAAGCUCCUGUGAUCAGGUCAGAAACCAGCUUGAGUGUGGCGGUGAAUUUCUCCAGCAGCGUCCUCCGUCGCAGCUGGGUGUCUGGCUCAUCGGGCCACGAAAGACCACCAGCCCAGGCCCUUGGCCAUCAGGGGGUUUCCAGUCUGUUCCUACAGAGGUAAAUGGCACCCUGAGAAAGCUCACACGUCCCACGAGGCAGUGUGGGCCCAGGCCUUGUUCCCCCAGUUCAAUGCUGCUCCUCAGGUUCUCUACUGGGUUCAAGCUGGACACAGCCUGUGCCACCUUUUUUUUUUUUUUUUUUGCUUUUUAGGGCCUGCACUCAUGGCAUAUGGAGAUUACCAGGCUAGGGAGUCCAAUCAGAGCUGCAGCUGCUGGCCACGGCCACAGCCACAGACACGCAGGAUCCGAGCCACAUCUGUAGUUCCUAUACUGCAGUUCCUGGCAACGCCAGAUCCUUAACUCACUGAGCAAGGCCAGGGAUCGAACCCACAACCUCAAGGUUCCUAGUCGGAUUUGGUUCCACUGCGCUACAAGGGGAACUCCGUGUGCCCCCUUCUCAGGCAGACCGCGUAGGUGCUGAUGGGUCCGUGGAGACUUUGCACGACCCACGGUGACAGACUGGCAGACGUCCCCCAACCUCAGGGCACCCAGGAGAGCCUGGCAAGUCCUUGCAGUGUCAGCCAGGUGCAGGUUCACCUUCUGGCACGGCACAGGUGGCUCCGAAAGAAGCCUUUCAGCCUCGGCUGAAUCUCUAGGUUUCCAAGCAAUGGAGAGUGACACCUGGGAACGUGGUUUACCCAGAAAGCAGAGUCUUAAGCAGGGGAGGAGACUGCCUCCUCCCCACCGGCCCGGCGUCCGGAACAGGCCACCUUGAGUUGACAGCCUCAGGGAUGAACAAGCAGGCUCCGGGCCGGUCAGCACAGCCUGUGACUGUGUCCAGUGGGGUGGACACCUCGACCCUGCUGUCGGGGUUCUCUGCUGUUUGUGGGGGUCUGCUCUGGGUCUGGGCCUCGUGACUGCCAGGGUCCAGAUAAAGAAGGGGCAGGAGUUCCCGUCCUGGCUCAGUAGAGAUGAAUCUGACUAGGAACCAUGAGGACGCAGCUUCAAUCCCUGGCCUCGCUCAAGGGGUUAAGGAGCCGGCGUUGCCAGGAGCUGUGGUGUAGGUCACAGACAUGGCUUGGAUCCCAAGCUGCUGGCUCUGUGGUGAAGGCCAGCAGCUAUAGCUCCGAGGCAACCCCUAGCCUGGGAACUUACACAUGCCAUGGGUGUGGACAUAACAAGCACAAAAAAAAAAAAAGAAGAAGAAAUAGAUCAUUUGAACAGACUAAUUACUAAAAACGAAACUGAGUAUGUAAUAAAAACACUGCCUACAAACAGAAGUCCAGGACCAGACAGCUUCACAGGCAAAUUGUUCCAAACACACAAAGAAGAACUUACAGGAGUUCCUGUCCUCACUCAGCAGUAACGAACCCGACUGGUAUCCAUGAGUCCUAGGGCUGGAACCCUGGCCUCACUCCGUGGGGUAAGGAUCCAGCUGUGGUAUAAGUUGCAGAUGUGGUGCAGACCCGCUGUGGCUGUGGCGCAGGCCGGCGGCCGCAGCUCCAAUUUGAUCCCUAGCCUGCAAACUUCCAUAUGCCACAGGUGAGGCCCUAAAAAGCCAAAGGAAAAAGAAAGAACUUAUAUACCCAUCCUCCUUAAACUUUUCCAAAAGAUUGAAAGAGAACACUCCCAAAGACAUUCUGUGAAGCCACCAUCCUAAUACCGAAACCAAACAAAGAUACCGAAAAAGAAAAGUAUAGGCCGAUAUCUUUUUUUUUUUCUUUUUAGGGCCACCCUGGCACAUGGAAGUUCCCAGGAGAGGGGUUGAAUCUGAGCCACAGCUGCCAGCCUACACCACCACCACCACCACCACCACAGCAACACAGGAUCCAAGCCACGUCUGCAACCUACACCACAGCUCAUGGCAAUGCCAGAUCCCCAAACCACUGAGUGAGGCCAGGGAUCGAACCCACAUCCUCAUGGAUGUUAGUCAGAUUCGUUUCCACUGCUCCACAACAGGAACUCCUGGGCUAACGUCUUUGAUGAAUACCGAUGCAAAAACUCUCAACAAAAUGUCAGCAAACUGACUCCAACAGCACCUAAAAAACACCAAGUGGAAUGCAUCCCACGUUCACAAGGACGGUUCAACACACGCAAAUCCAUCAAUGUCAUAGACCACGGUAACAGAAGAACAGCCAAACACCACGUGGCCACCCUAACAGAUGCGGAAAAAGCAUUUGACAAAAUCCAACACCCAUUUGCGAUCAAAACUCUUACCGAAGUGGGUACAGAGGGAGCGUAUCUUGGCAUGAUCGCAGCCAUUUAUGACAGAUCCGCGGCCAGCACACUGCUCAACAGAGAAAAGCUGAAAGCCUUCCCGCUAAAAUCCAGCACGAGACAAGGGCGCCCUCACUGUGAAUGGGACAUUCCCACAUCCCUACGCGUCCCGAGGUUCCCGACCGCCAACCGUGACCACACUCACCGGACCGCAGCCGAUCAGCGCUUCGCCCAGGCCUCUGGUACCACAGUCUGUGGGCUCCCGAGUCAAGGAUCCCUGGAAACUUCGCUUCUCCACCCACUCGCGUGCACAAGUCCCCAACGAGGCGCGUGGUGUCAUCUGUGUCUUGGCUUAUUGCCCAAGCAAUUGUUGGUUGCGAUGCUCAGUGUCAUCUCUGCCUUCUGGCUUCUAAACUUCUCCAAAACGGGGUGAAGAGGGCCAGACGUGUUUGGGACCCUGUAACACUGGGGCCCAGCAGAGGGCCCGCCCAACCUGGGGAGCGCUGUAUUAAAACCUUUGUUUUAACCCCA